AAAGCAUAUUAUCAAAUUCAACCAACGAUACUAGAUAAAAUGUUUUUCCUGCAUAUCGUUUAAAAAAAUGAUUUUGAUUAGAAAACUUGCGUCAAAAGUAAAUUGUUUAUCCAGUCAUAAUUCUUGAGGAUCGGAAAAAUCACUUUUGUCUUUAUCUUGAAAGUUCCGCCACGUCAUGAUUUGAUUGGUCCAACAUAUUUAUAUAAAGAUUAGUUCCAAGAAAGCAAAUUAUUAAACUUGUGAAUUUUGAUUAUUCAGACAGGAACAGAGAGUUGAGUUGAAUAUUUUCUGAAAGGAACUUUGAAACGAACAAACUGAUGGAAGGCGCAGUAGACUUACGUAUGAUCGUCAGAGAGUAUUUGGAUAUUAGAAACCAACAAUGGGAAAAUCAAGAUCCUAUUCAAGAAUUUGGCACACCCCAGAUUGUAUUGGACGCUUUGAAGAUAGGAGUCAAAGGCGAGUCUGAAUGGGAGUUAUCGCUUAUACCUGACAUGAAGACACAAAAGGUGGAAUACGAUGCCUUUCGACCAGGGUUAUACAGUGAGGUAGUUGCAGACAGCAGUUCUGUUCUCGGCAAUACAUUCACAAUAGAUCAAGGUCUGGUCUUAGGGUUCAAUAAGAAAUUGAGUAUUCCAGUUCCAGAUGAUUUAAAACACGACCUUGAAAACCAAAAGUAUGUGGACAUUUACCCGGGUCUGCUAGUGACAGACAGCAAACAAAAACUCAAGUUCUCUCUGGCCAGUUCACAUAUCAUGCCUCAGAGUUACUCAGGGCUAUCAAAGUCUGUUGCCAACGUGGACAUUGAAGAGAAACAUUACCGAGGUCUUGUUAGAUUCCAGGUCGAGGUACAAGGUGUCGUUCUGUUCUACAGGGGCAACGGAGAAAAAAUUGAUGAGAUGGAUAUAGCUCAGAUCGUUGCGGAUGUCAAGAGAUAUCAUCCUAACAAUGACAGUACUAAAGAUGUAGAAGUUUAUUAUGAAAUCUUACCCAAAAGUGUAUUUUGGAACAUGCAGAUUACUGCUGACAUUUUGUGUGACUUCACAGAAAAACUUGUCUGGAAAUAAAACCUAACAAUUUGUGUAGGAGAAGAAAAAGGAAACAGUUGUCUAAAAAUAUGUACUAUGAAUAUCUGUUUUUAGACUUUUUUUGUCAUGGACCUAAUAAUAAUUAUAAUAAUUGGGCUAUUGCUUUUUUAAGACUGGUGAUCACAACAUAAGUCCAGGAAGAAAGGUGUUUGAUAGGAACAAAAAUGGUGUUUGGACUUUGGAAGGAACAAAAAUGGUGUUUGGACUUUGGAAUGAACAAAAAUGGUGUUUUAUAGGAACCAAAAUGGUGUUUGGACUUUGGAAGAGACUAAAACGGUGUUUGGACUUUGGAAGGAACACAAAUGGUGUUUGGUAGGAACAAAAAAAUGUGUUUGGGCUUUGGAAGGAACAAAAAAUAUGUUUGGUAGGAACAAAAUUGGUGUUUGGACUAUGGAAGGAACAAAAAAGGUGUUUGGUAGGAACAAAAAUAGUGUUUGGACUUUGGAAGGAACAAAAAAUGUUUUUGGACUUUGGAAGGAACAAAAAUGGUGUUUGGACUUUGGAAGGAACAAAAAUGGUGUUUGGUAGAAAAGAAGAAAAUCAAAAUAAGAUGUUAGAGAAGAAAAAAAAAACUCAUGCUAAUGAGAAGUAACUUUUUUAAAUCUCUAGAAGCUAAAGAAACUUUUUUUUUCAAUAACUGUAUUUUAAAAAGGUGGAGAAGAUUGCUUGGGAAGGGUUGGAGGACAAAUAACAAAUAACAAUAAUUUAAAUAAGGUGACACAACAUCCAACCCACGUUUGUACAUAAAUAAUAAAACUUUGACUUGUAUGAAUAACAUGUGUUUUUUUAUAUUGUACGUGAGUUUAAUAUUAAUAACUUGAUUUCAGCGUACAUUCAAGAAAAGCAUCAAGACCAAUCUGUUCAAAACUUUUUUUUUUAUUUUGUUUAACCUUUCAACUCUGGCGUUAACGUUUGUUUUGUUAUCACAGCGACUUGAGUCUACAUUUUGUUUCUUAGCACUUUAGAAAUUAAAUUACUAUUAUUAUUUUUUAGAAAUAUUGAAUGCUUGCAGGCAUGUAUUAAAAUUUAUAAAAGUCGUGUUUUUUUAUUGUGAGAAAUAAAAACAUCAGAACUUCACACACACACACACAAAAUAUAAAAUGUGUUCAGAUCAUUAAAUAUAUGUUUAGGGUAGUUGUUAUGGAAUGUGUGUGUGUGUGUGUUUAUAUGGUUACUGUGGGAAGAGGUUAGUGAUGGGUUGUGACUGAUGCAGCACAGGUGACGUUGUCCUCACAUGGUCCUAUUUAGACGAGACGACUCCAGAAAGCGAGAUUGAAAGAUUAUGUUAUUGUAGUGAAUUAGAUUUUGUUAAAAGAUAAUAAUACUAAAGUCUAAUACCAUUAUUUUAUUCGAUCUCAAGUUUAUUGUUUCUAUAUUGUAAAUAAAGUUCUAUUUAGUACUGUUCACAAGAAAGUUAUUUGAAAUGUAUUAGCUAAGAUAUAUUACGCCUACAACGGUUCAGUUGUCUACCAGCAGUUAAGUACUACAAGUCAACGACCGGUAACAACAGUAGUGUUAAUUAUUUGCUGUAUAGUUUGACUUGCAAUUUUUUCUCUUGUUAAUCAUAAUGUUUGACGGCUAACCAAAGUGUCAAUAUCAUCUAUAGAUUAAAAACAUUGUGCAUUACUAUUUUUUAGAAGAGAGCAAUUUAAUAUGUACUGCAUGUAAGAAAGUCUUGAAUGGAAGGUUUUAGCAGAAAUAAAGAAACACCUGUUAAUGUUUAAAAUC